AUGAUGCGCCAACUCUCCCACGGGAGCGCCUUCUCCAGCUCCGCGUCAACCGCGAGCCCAAAGGUUAAAAAGGGCUUCUUCCAGGGCAUGCGAAAGAAGUCCUCAAGUAAUACUGCCAAUGCCAGUGGAACGCCAAACCCGCCCCAGGAAUUAAACGCAAAUGGCGAGAGGACAUACCUACAUCGCCAUAGCGAAGAUCCCAUCGUAGCUUCUCCCUUAUCAGUACCCGAGUUCGACAGCUCGAGAUCGAGUGGAUUCCCCUCGCCGGACCCCUAUGUCGGAGCCACGCACGAUCCCGAAUAUCUUCAUCUCAAAGAGAACCUGCGUCGCCUGCGGAAGGCUCCGAGCGGCUCAGAUGCGAAGAAGCUGGAUGUCGCAUGGGAGGUCUACAAGAAAGUGCGUGAUGAGAAUCUGCAAUUAUGCAAGAGCCUGCUUCAAAAGUCCCAAAGCAAUGCCCGCAACACCUCUCUCGAUUCCAACAUCGACCCCUUGGAUACCCGAUCGUCCUACAGCGGCUCCGUCGGCGAGAACCCUCUGCCAUUUCACGUCAAUGAUCAAUGGCUAGCCGCGAUCCAAGAGUACAAGGCGUUCCAAGAGCAGAUGCUAGACAACUUCCGGGUUUCCUUACUGGCCACUUAUAUGAAGCAUGAACCAGGCGUGUCCAAUGGGCAAAUAGAUAUAUUCCUCGACGAUAUCGUUCUCCGGAAAAACCUAAUCAGCAAGUGGAGGGAUGCAAGCAUCCACGCUAUGAAGUCGGAGAAGCCGCUUUCCUGGGAACAGCUCAAGAUCCGGUCGUUGAAUUUCGACAAACUGAAGCAGGAUGUAGAAACUAUGGCGACGCUAUUUGCGGAACCCGAUGAACCUGGGAGUACAGAUGUCCGCGAAUAUGUAGUUGCGAAGAAGGGCGAUACGAUAUUGGAGUUUGCAAAUAAGGGAGCCAAGUUGCACCCGGUGUUGAGAUUCCGGGUAUCCUCCCACCUUUUAGCUGAAUCAUCCCCGCUAUUUGCUCAGAUGCUUCUUCCCCCACAACCCGGCAGUCAACCCUCGCUUGAUAUGGCCGGUCAGCUCCCGCCAGCCCCCACGAAACAUGUUUGCAAAGAUGGAAUGGAGGUCAAAGUGUAUGCCAUGCCUCAAAUAGAGCCCAACAAGCACGAAGCCCUUACAAUACUCCUGCAUGCCGCCCAUAUGCAUCAUAACAAGGUUCCUAGGCAGAUCGACUUCCGGGUUUUUGUUAGCAUUGCUGAGUGGCUCCCUCAAUGGGUGCAUAUGGCUACGGAUGACAGUCCGGACGGCCUCCUGCUUAUAAGCUUUGCCUUUGGACUGCGGAGGAUUUUUACCAGAAUGUCUAAAACCGCUAUACUAAACGCGCUUGACGAUGACGAAAUCCAAUCCAAAGAUAUAUGGCCACAAGCUGUGAGAGACAAGAUCAAGGCGAUCAGGGCAGCAAAACUGGCCCAAAUACGCGACUGCUGCACAAACGCCAUGGGCGAGUACUUUCGCCCACCGUCGACUUUUGCUGCUCGAAGAACUAGUGUUGGAUCUUUGGAGCUGACAGCAGUGCCUCGUUGCCCAAAGGGGUCGCAUCAUUGUGACGCAACAAAUCUGGGAUGGCUAAUGCUGGUCUACAACGAAUUGCGAGUGCUCCCGAAUCUCAUCAAUAACAUUGGCUUCCAAAACCCCCCGAAUGCACCCCGCCGGAGUCUUAACGAACUUAUCAAUUGUUUAAGAUUGAUGCCGAGCGCUCCACAGGUCCACGCUGGGGUGUGUGAUUACGCCCCGGCAUUCAGAAGUGCUAUUGGUGAUAUAUCUAACAGUAUCACCGGAUUAACCCUACGAGAUGUCACCGGUCGAGAUGGUUGGGCAUUGUCCAAAAAUGCUGGACCAAACGACGACACGUACGAUGAAGAUGCGAUAGAACUUCCAGCCGCUUCUGAGUACCCCACCGAUUCUCAAAGCCCGAGCAUUGUGUAUGAAGAGAGUGUCAGCAACUAUAGCUCUUCGGUCGUUGAUGCAUGGGGUGAUGGAGCUGAAGCGAGAUCGGAAAGGGCGAUGUCGCAGGCGAGUCGCGAAACCGCCUCCCGGAAUGGAAGCGGAAUGAACGUGAGAGCACCGACUCGCUCUCAAAUUUCUAGUAUCGUUCCCAGCGAGGAAUUUGAUUUCAAAUUCCUCGCGACCGACAAGAGCGAAUUAAGGGCCGCUACAGUCGUAUCGCCUGCUUCACCCGCGGACGAUGCAUCAGGCGAUGAUAUAUAUUACGUCUCCCCACCAUUUACGCCCCUAGGCCACGAUGAUAUGUCCAUGUCGAGAGAAGAAGCUCAAAAAAUACUCUGGCCCGAUUCUGCCUCUAAUUCGAACCUCAGCCCCAAUUCCGAUGGUACCAACCCCAGUGAUGGGCCUCAAAAAUCUCCAUAUCGGCGAAUUCCCAACGAGUCAAAUGAGAAGUUCCUACUUGCGGAUGUAAACCGUGCCGGGGCGAAAGAGGCAUUGCAUCGCAAGAACGGGAUUGGUGUGAAGCAUAUCGAGGAUAAGGCAAGGAUGAUGGAGGACGAUAAGCAUCUGAGGGAUGAGAAGGAUAGGGCUCUGGGUCUGGGGAUUCAUAAACCGUCUUCUCCGUUACGGUGA